AUGUCGGAUGAGUCAAAAGAAUUUUUAUGUAACAUUCUUUUAGUAAAAGCUUUAUUACAGUAUCUCCCACAUUCAGAAAAAAAAAAGGCGGUAGAAUGGUUGGCUAAAAUUCAAGAUCCGGAUGAAAAUAUAGGAGAAUUGAAAACAAGAAACGAAUACAGUUUUUAUUUACUUCUUAACGUUCAAAAUGGAAGCAUGAGUCAACCUUUUAAUAAAUCUCCACCACCUGGAAAAUUAAAACCCCUUUUUAGGAUUUUGCCCGAUUACGUUUACGAAGAAGUUUUGAAACAAUUUAAAACGGGUCAUUGUCGUUUGAAUAAAUUAUUAAACGUAUCAGAUGAAGUUUUCGAUUUUCCAGAACUUUUUUCCACUCCGAAUAAUUUCGAAUCGCAACAUCCCCGUCCUCGAAGUGGUAUAUUUUCUCAUUGUGCCGUUUUCAGCGAUUAUCCAAACUGUGAAAAAAGUUAA